AUCAUUUUUCAAUACAGAAAAAACAAUGCUUGUAAGCACUCCCAUGUUCUUUCUGGAUAUGCAAUCUUUUUAAUUACUGAAAUAUAUAUGGUGUGGUUGGCUUUUGCCAUUGCUUGCCUUGUGGAGUAAUUCAGAAUCCAGAUUGGAAAAUUCUGGGAGAUCUUUGGUUGAGAUCUGGUCAGACCUUGCCCUUUCUGUGUGUUGUUGUGGAUUUUAUUUUGAUUGAGGAAUUGGAGCAAUGGGCAUGGCAGCUGCAGAGUCACAGUUUCAUGUUUUGGCUGUUGAUGAUAGCCUCAUAGAUAGGAAGCUCAUAGAGAGGCUCUUCAGAACCUCCUCUUGUCAAGUUACUACAGUGGAUUCUGGUAGCAAGGCUUUAGAAUUUCUGGGUUUACAUGAACAUGAUGAUGAGAACAACACAAACCAUCAUCCAUCUGUUCUAUCCAACCAUCCCCAACCCCAGGAAGUAGAAGUGAACCUUGUAAUUACAGACUACUGCAUGCCUGGGAUGACAGGCUAUGAUCUACUCAAGAAAAUUAAGGAAUCUUCAUAUCUGAGAAACAUUCCUGUAGUCAUUAUGUCAUCUGAGAAUGUUCCUUCAAGAAUCAGUAGAUGUUUAGAAGAAGGGGCAGAGGAAUUCUUCCUCAAGCCUGUGAGGUUAUCAGAUGUAAAUAAGCUUAGACCUCAUAUGAUGAAAACCAAAUGCAAGAAGCCCGAAAACGAACCCCGGGACAGCCAAGAACCAUCACCAGAACACCCUCUAAUCCAACAAGAAUGUGCUGUAGAAGAUGUGAAAUUGCAGGCACAGACAGAAGAGCAACAACAGGUGAUGAAUAGCGAUGAAGACUCGAGGAAGGCCAUCGAAGAAAGCCUUUCACCGGGAAGAACUAGAACGAGACAAGAACCGCCACAAGGGCGGGGGGACGAGCCACAGCCACUGGUGAAUAAUAGUAAUGAAAACAAGAGGAAGGCCAUGGAAGAAAGGCUUUCACCAGAUAGAACAAGACCAAGAUACAACAAUAAUGGUCUCACUCACUGCUGUCUCUAACCUAUUAUGAUCAUCUUCUCUGGGCACUUCACUUAGAAGUUUUAAUUACCAACCCUUUUCCUUUCUCUCCCUUGUUUUAGUUAAUAGAUGGGAACAAAAAAAUACAAAUGUAGAGAGGAAUUCGUGAUUAUAUGUUGAGAGUUCUGCAGGACAUCUAAUGUGGAAACUUUUAUCCAAUUUUGAUUUGCUGAUAUAAUAGGUAGAAAACUUGUUAUUAUGGAUGCCAAUCAUCAAAUCUGACUUUUUCAAAGCUUUGGUA